AUGUUGCAGCCCUUCAGGCGUGGAAUUUCUGGAGGGGAUUUCCGACAAAGAGCCUUGACAAAGCUAACAAUUAUCAGCUCCCUGCUCGGACGUCCCUUCCUGCAGAGUUUACAUGUAAAAGUUGGAGACAAAGCUGAACUUACCAAAGCUUUUACACAGAAUGAUGUUGCUACUUUCUCUGAUUUAACAGGUGACACAAAUCCUUUGCAUUUAAAUGAAGAUUUUGCAAAGAAAUCUAGGUUUGGGAGAACUAUUGUACAUGGAGUUUUGAUCAAUGGACUUAUUUCUGCAGUUCUGGGUACUAAAAUGCCCGGUCAAGGUUGUGUAUUUCUUUCUCAGGAGAUCCGAUUUCCAGCUCCUUUGUAUACUGGUGAAGAAGUCGUAGCUGCAGCAGAAGUUAAACGACUGAAGGGUUCUAUUGCGCACAUUUCGGUAUCAUGUAAAGUCAAAGAAAGCGGGAAGACUGUUAUGGAAGGGAUGGUGAAAGUCAUGGUGUCAGACAGUUAG